CCAGGUGGUGAAGAGGAUCGAGGAGAGAAAAGAAGAACCCCUGCAAGUGCAAAAACAGAAAAUUACAAAUAGCCCAAAGGACAGAGCUUUCGUGCUGGAUAGUGAGGAAGGCUGCGAUGUCAUUGAUGAGACAGAAAAAAAUGGGUGCCACCUGUGCCGUGUAUAUGGUAAUCCGCAACCACUGUUUUUGGAGCCUUGUAACUCAUCCAUCAUUGGAGUGUUUCAAUACAAGAACACAACCACAACAAUGAGAUGGAUUCCCUGCGAAACAAUAAAGAGUAUCGCCAUGAAGACACAAAUGGGGGAUAAAACGAUCUUCAUGAAAAUCUUACACAAACUAUGAAAUGUACUACAUUGUAGAAUUCCUUGAGGAAAACCUGGUGGGAAUAAUGGCCCAGUGAUGGACCUAUGAAGAAAAUGAGCAACAAUACAGCUACUGGCCACCAUCCAACCCGACCAAAAGGGCAAAAAAACAGGAGAUCCCGGAUGAGGAGCUGUGGAUCAGCAGAAGAGUCCGGAUCUUUGCGGCAACUGGUGAUUUUGAGAGAGCACUCAGAUGGAGCAAGACAGCUGAGGACAAGUCUGCCGUCGAAACGGAGGAGGACCAACCGAGAAAAAAGAAAAGACCUAACAAAUUUGGAGACAGCAGUGAAGAUGAGGGUUCAUCAUGGGAAGUUGAGCCGAUGAAAAAGACAAAACGUCGAGAUGGACCAUUUCCACGAACCAAAGCAACUACAGACUCUUUCAAAAAGAAGAUAGAUAUAGCUAAACUUCCAACCCCUCCCCAGCCAAAGAAAGCAAAAAUCUCAGAUCCAUUCCCAAACCCUCCACCUCCGACCCUGGCAACAGAUGGAACUGAUGAUGAACUACCAGAAUCCCAGCACUCCAUGACUCUGACCCAGCAUUUUGUCGAAGACAAGAGACCCUCUUGGCCAGCGACAGCUUGGGAGCCAAGAAAACUCCAAGAUACACUACAAGUUCUCCUUCGAAAGGUGGAGACAAUUGAAGCAAGCCAGAGGGAGAUACUUCUUCUGUUGCGCAGAAGCCAGGGAAGACAAAGUGAGGAGCCAGCACUCAACUUUGUUGCGGCACAAUGCGUAAAAGACCUUCAGGAUCUUGAGGAGCGCCUCAAGAUGAACGAGUUCAGAAAGAGAGUGCUAGAUUCACCAUCUCAGCCUCACUGGUGGGGCCACUCCUGGAGAGUCCGUCAGGAGAGUGAUGCGGUCGGUGGCAACAAAUGCUGUCUGGAGCUGCUACAGCUUCAAGGGGAAAAGGGAGAAGUUGCCUUUCAUUGGCACAACUAAGCAGUUAUGAAAUGGAAGGCAGGGCUGGGAGAGAAGGAGGUUGAGAUCCUGAUAGGAGAGACUUUGAAACAUGCUCCAGCACAGACCAUUAAGGCGCAACUGAUCUCUUCAGUUAGAGGAGUAUAGCUGCUGGAACCACGGCCUUCUUUUCGACAUGUUUUCUUUUUAAAUAAAGUUCUUGCAUAUAACUUGGUCCAGUAAGUCCCUGUCUCAUUUACAAUUACAACAUAGGAUAACGUUGUGUGUUG